AUGGAGGGCGAAUAUUCGGGGCUUGAGCACGAAGCGAUAAAAGGAAUUGUUGAAAGCUUAAAAAUUGUAACGCGUGAAAAUAUCGAGCGUAUUGCUCGCUUUGCCUACGACUAUGCGAUCACGUACAACAGGAAGAAAGUAACGGCCGUGCAUAAAGCAAAUAUCCAGAAACUUUCCGAUGGCUUAUUUUUGAAGGGAACUCGUGGCAGAGGUACUGAAAUAGCAGGCAAAGAUAUCGGAAACCCAACAUCCUUCAUUCGAGCUAGUGUUGACAUGUUAAAAUAUCUCGGGUUAGAUGGAUAUGCAAAUCUCAUCAGUGACUCGCUGUUCAUGGCACUUACGGUUCGGCGUAUUCAUACUGCUGAUGUUGGAGGUAUGUUUGUUUGUUAUUUCUUUUUGACGAAAAAAAUCUUGGCUGGUUAUGCAAGCUUGUAUGUCAGCUUUAUAAAAAUGUAUUGGUUUGUAAUAUAA